AUGAUAAAGAGUCAAGUGCAUGCUAUACCAACAACAGGUCAACAACCAGAAGACAAGUUUGAAGAGUGGUUGGAAGAAACAGAUACAAUUACCCAGUCCAAUGCCAAGACCGAUUCUGGGAGUUUGCUAGGUGGAUCAUGGGACUGGAGUUUGUUACUAUCAUCUGCACAAAUUAAAAUCCAGCCUACAGAGAAGCAACUGCAAUGGAUUCUUACUCAUGCAAGCCAUGAGUUCAUAGAGAGUCAGGAAGCAGUAGCAGCAGCACGAUGA